CUCUCUUUCUCUCUCAUCAGUCUCUUUUUGCUUGUCGCUGACGGUCAUCUCCUUUCUGAGCUGCCAGUACACCUGGAUCGAGUUGCAUUCAGAUAUUCUCUCGUACUCAUAUCUCUGAGAGAGAGAGAGGUGUGGUUUCUGACGAGUGUACGGGCUCCAUUGGCUCGGCAGAUCGUUUCUCUGCUGCUUCAGGUUUAUGUUGCUUCUCUUGGUCUGCGGAAUUGUACACCAGGCGGCUCUGCUGCGAGAAAGGAGUACUGGCCAUUCAAUGCCGGGCUGAGGAUGAUCUGCCACUGAUCGCUCGACGUUCGCGUGCUUAACACAGGAAGGAAGCUUAGGAAAAGAAACGGUAGACGGCAAAUCGAGCUUCUUUGUCUGAUCGACCAUGGAUAGUCUCUUGUGUGAGGAAGAGCUCCUCGAUAGUCCGUACACUCCAGAGUGUCCGUGGGAACCGCAGCAUCGCGAUCUUCUGACUUCAGGCUUGUAUCUAUCGCUGGAAGCAGAGGACUGCAAGGACGCCCUUGGUGUUUACCUGGAGAAGGAAGCGGCCUAUGCGCCGGAGCAUGGCUAUGCGGGACGCCUCAGAGCCGGCAUGCUGGUGGACUCGAGGAUUAUGGCCGUUAAAUGGAUGGCUCAGUGCCAUGAGCGGUUCAAUCUCUCUUGGGAGACAAUAUUCUGUGCAAUCAAUUUACUAGACCGAUUCAUUUCUGUAAAUCCCUCCAGCAAAUUGAAGGGUUGGUUGAUAGAAUUGCUAUCGGUUGCAUGCUUGUCCACUGCGGCAAAAUUACAGGAGGUCCACGUUCCUCCAUUGUUGGAAUUGCAGCUGGACGGGUUCGACCAUUUGUUUCAGCCAAGCCUGGUUCAACGGACGGAGCUUCAUGUCUCGGCAUCGUUAUCUUGGCGCUUGAAUGCCGUAACGGCAUAUUCCUUCAUGGAUCCGCUGAUUGGGUGCCUCGAAUUGGCUUGCCCGCGAGUACGCUCUAAUUUGACGAACCGCGUGACUCAACUCUUGCUGGGCGCCAUGUUUGACAUAAAUUUCUUGGACUUCUGCCCCUGCACUGUCGCCGUAGCUGGCAUAAGGUGUGGUCUGGAUGAGCUGCUUCCGCUGCAGUCCAACGGAUUGAUGUGUAAUCUCCACAAACUCAUCCCGCAUGGACGAAUGGAUGAACUUGGGACCUGCUUUGCUCUCAUGGAAGAGCACGUCGUGAAUCCCACGGCUUACAGACACUCGUACUCUCCUUCGAGCCCCGUCUCAGUCCUAGCAAAUGACAGAAUCAAGAUCGUUGAUUGCUUGGUCGACCUCCCUCCCUUCAAAAACUCAGAAAUUUUUUUUGGGCUCCCUUCCAAUCCAAAGAAGCGAAUGCGAGAACCAGAGAAUUGCGAGGCCAACUCUCCUGCACGCAAGUGAGUAUGGGCUUGUGAUCUACUAAGUAAUGUUAUUCUUUAUUUUCUUGUUGAUGUCAAAUUGUAAGAUACAAUUACUUCAAGAAUAUGUGAUUUUAAUUGUGCUA